AUGUCAGGAGGUCAAUACAACUUCCCUCCUCCACCACCUCCGCCUGGUCCUCCUCCCCCGAAUCAGCCUCCGCAGCAGCAUCAGUACGGUUACGCGCAACCUCCACAAUAUCAGCAACCUCAGCGAGGUGGUGGUCAUCCCCGUGGUGGACGAGGUGGAAUCCAGGGGCCACAACACGCGUCAGGACCAUACGGGCAGCCACAGAAUGUUUACAAUGGUGUAAAUCAAGGACAAGGUCCACCGGCUGGCUACAAUGGACCGCCUCAUCAUCAGCCAUAUAUAGGGCCUCAAAUUCCUGGUCCUCAGCAACCAGGUGCGCCAAAUGGGUAUGGCGGACCUCAAUGGCAACAGCACAACCACAAUGACCAGCACGCCCAGCAACAUGGUCCGCAACACGGCGCGCAACAUGUUCAACAUCACGGUCCUCCUCAACAUCAGCAGGCAGGUCAUCAACCUCAUGUACCACAUGCUCCAGCCCCAGCACCUCUGUCUGCGCAAAAUUAUCACCCCAAUUAUGCUCCACAGGGUUACCAGCAACCACAGUAUGGUCCGCAGCAACCUCCUCAGCAGUUUCAAAGCCCUCAGCAACAACCCCCAUAUGGUCAUAGUGCACCAGUCCAUCAACAGCCACCACAGCAGUGGCAGGGACCUCCACAGACUGGCCCACCACAACCACCAAGCUUUAAUAAUCGUGGUCGUGGCCGUGGUGGUUUCGUAAAUGGCCGUGGAGGUCGUGACGCUCCUUUAAUGGGUCCUCCAAUUAGGAUGGGAUUUGACAAUGAUAGAGGAAACCACCCAGCUCAAGCGGGCGGUGGGUUUCCUCCACCGUAUGUCAAUCACCAAAGCCCUCCUGCUGUGCAUUUCAGUUCACCUUCGUAUCCAAGUUAUUCUCAGCAGAAUUUCACCCAUGGGCAGCGUCCACCGCUUGAUCCUAAUCCCUUCAAUUCUAGCCCCCACCGCGGAAGAGGAAAUCACAAUAACUUUUCCAGAGGGGGCGGUGGCCGCGGUAACCAUGGUAGAGGCCGUGGUGACUUUUCUCAUAAUCGUAAUCGCGAUGGCAACAACCAUUCUUCAAAUGGCCAUAGAGCAUCUUCUGAAAUCUCACAUAAGACUGCAGGUGCAUAUCAAAAUGUGAAGAAGAAGAAGAAACGCAGAACAAACACCCUUGGUCUAACACCCAAUGGUGUAGAUCAUGAGGAAAGUGAAGAAGAAGUCGAUGAUGUUGAUGAAGAAGCUCGUCUUGUUACUUUACUUGGUCCAGACACUCCAGAAAUGCCCGUUGAUCUUCAAGCUUGGCUUGCAGAGCGCAAAGCUAAAUUUCCUACGAAAGCUCGUAGAGAGGCGGCUGAAGAAAACCACCAGCGUCGUGAUCAAGGCGGUCGCAAUGGUGGAGUCAAGCGAGAACAGCAAACUGUUAAGAAAGAAGAAACCGACUCCAAAUUUGAGCGACAGCAGAGAAAAGCCGAAAAGCUUCGACUUGAGCUUGAGAAACUCGAACGCAAUAUGUCUGGUGCUAAGCGAAAGCGCGAUAAUGGCGAUGAGGGAGAUGAUGAUCGGGACCAUGCCAGUGAGGACGAUUCUUCUGAAUCAUCUGACGAUGAUUCUGGUCCUGAAACUAUGACAUCUCGCAGUGGGGGCCCUAUGCGUGUUCCUCCUCCACCUAAAGCACAACUUCAGCGACACUGCAAGUAUUUCUCAACUGGCGGCACCUGUGGAAAGAAGGGCAAGUGUCGUUUCGUACAUGAUGUCGAUAUUCGUAACCAAGCUUUGCGAGACAAAGCAGCCAACGGAGGCAAAACGACGUUGGCUCAGCGGCUAAUCCUCAACGACACUGCCAAAGACGAUCUCACCAUCUUGAAGUCUAUCAAGUAUCUCAAGGAGAAGGGAUUGAUGCCGGAUCAACUGAAUGUUAGUGCAACAAACGGUGAUGAUCACGACGUCGAAUUCAAUGGCGACGAGAACGGUUACACCGAGAACUUGAACUACGGUGAUAACUAG